CCAAACUCACAAACUCUGUUCACUUCCACUUAAACAAAAAAAACAGAGUUUCAGAAACAGAGAGAUGGAAAUGGAAUUGACUCGAUCGAGAAAACAAGAAAGCAACAAUCUCAACGUCAUUAAUGGAGAAUUCAUGGCGGUUGACCAAUUCCUCCCAAAUGAUUGGAACUUCGAUGACCUCUGUUUCAACAAUCUUCUCCAAGAAGAAGACAACAUUGAUCAUCCUUCUUCUUCUUUGAUGAAUCUAAUCUCUCAGCCGUCUCCAUUACUUCACCAACCACCACAACCGUCGUCACCUCCUCCUUAUUCUCCGCCGCUCUCCUCCGCUUUCUACUAUCCUUUUCUCGAGGAUAUCAUAGACUCCUCUCUUUCUCCUCCUUUAUUGAUCCUUCCGGCUUCGCAAAAGAACACCAACAAUUACUCACCAUUGAUGGAGGAAGGCAAGAGCUUCAUAAGCAUCGGAGAGACUAACAAGAAAAAGAGUAAUAAGAAGCUUGAAGGUCAACCUUCGAAGAAUCUCAUGGCGGAGAGACGGCGGAGGAAACGGUUAAAUGACCGACUCUCCAUGCUCCGAUCCAUUGUCCCUAAAAUCACCAAGAUGGAUAGGACAUCGAUACUAGGAGAUGCAAUAGAUUACAUGAAGGAGCUUUUGGACAAGAUUAACAAGUUGCAAGAAGACGAACAAGAACUUGGAAGCAACUCUAAUCUAAAUAACCUCAUUACAAACGAAUCUAUGGUCAGAAACUCCCUAAAGUUUGAAGUAGAUCAAAGGGAAGUUGAUACACAUCUUGAUAUAUGUUGUCCUACGAAACCGGGUUUGGUUCUAUCAACGGUUAGUACAUUGGAGAGUCUAGGCUUAGAGAUUCAACAAUGUGUCAUUAGCUGCUUCAGUGACUUCUCAUUGCAGGCUUCUUGUUUUGAGGUUGGUGGGCAGAGAGACAUGGUUACUUCGGAAGAUACUAAACAAGCACUAAUCAGAAACGCAGGUUAUGGAGGAAGAUGUUUGUAGGGGAGCUUCAAAAUUGCAAUGCUUAAAUAACGAUAAUCUUUUCCGGUUCUUUUUAUUCUCUUGUGAUGAGUAUGAUAUUUCUUAAGGAAAUAGUUUUGAAAUCAAAGGUGUAAAAAGAA